UGGCAACCGUUCAAUCGGGAACUCCUUGAGCGUUGACCAUUUCCUGCGGAACCAGGAAACACGUUGAAUAUUUUUGUGGUAAACUAAUUUAGCGUUUGGAUCAUAUACAUUGAACAUUAACGAUGGCAAGCGAUACGAUGACAGUCACAGUUGCCUAUGGCACAGAGAAGCAUAGCAUCACAUUAACAGGACAGGAUGGCAAGGAACCUCUGUUAAAAGAUCUGUCAGAGGCACUGACAGAAGCGACGGGUGUUCCAGGACCAUCACAGAAACUCAUUUUCAAAGGAAAAUCAUUGAAGGAAAUGGACGAAACCCUUGCCAGCUAUGGCAUGAAACAAGGCUGUAAAGUCAUGUUGAUUGGGAAAAGGCAGAAUAGCCCAGAAGAGGAAGCCGAGUUACGGAAGCUGAAAGAUAUCGAAAAAUCAGUGGAACAGAAUGCCAAAAAGUUGGAGAAGGUAGAUGGUGAACUUUCUGGGCUGAAGAAUGGCUUCCUUGCAAAGGAUCUGCAGGCCGAAGCUCUUAACAAACUGGACCACAGGGUGAAAGUUGCUUCAGAACAGUUUAUGAAGAUAUUGGAACAGAUUGAUUCUAUGAGUUUGCCAGAAAACUUCAGUGACUGCAGAAUGAAGAAAAAAGGCCUUGUGAAAACUGUCCAGGGAUUCCUGGCCCAGUGUGACAGGAUCGAAGCUGGCAUAUCAGAUCAUCUGGCCAAAAUCCAAUCCAAGAACCUCGCCUUGGCGGAGUAGAGCUAAGAGACCUCAUACUCCUCCCCUCCACUGUCCUGACCUAGACCAGCGUCUCUCUCUGUAUCUUGCUCUGUGAGCAAUGAAGGGUGGCGCUGUAGUGAACUCUGGCUCUUUCUAGGAUACUGUGCCCUGUUAAUGUUGGGCUUGCAAGAGAACCUGACUGGACAGUUUUGACCCUCAACACUUGAUAAGACAUAUCAAGCAACGUUGUAAACCUAAUUAUGGUAUAAUGUUGAAAGUAGAUUUUCAUAAUUUUCCUGAAUUGUGUGUUAAGCAGGGGAAAGGUAUUUGUGUCAGUUACUCCCCAAGUCUUUUAUCCCAAAUAAACUGUAAGGGCCCCAACAAACCACCAGCAAUGCUUUGGUAUCUGCAUUUGAAUAUUUUCACAUUAGUGCCCAUUGUGUGUGCUUGGUUGAGCGCUAGUGGUUUGCAUUGUGCAUUGCAUUUAAGAAAUUGAGAAUAUUAUGGUUAUAUGGAGAAUUUAGUUUGUAACAUCAAAA